AUGUGGAGCUGGAAGUACCUCCUCUUGGCUGUGCUGGUCACAGCCACACUCUGCACUGCCAGGCCAGCCCCGACCUUGCCCGAACAAGCCCAGCCCUGGGGAGCCCCUGUGGAAGUGGAGUCCUUCCUGGUCCACCCUGGUGACCUGCUACAGCUUCGCUGUCGGCUGCGGGACGAUGUCCAGAGCAUCAACUGGCUGCGGGACGGGGUGCAGCUGGUGGAGAGCAACCGUACCCGCAUCACAGGGGAGGAGGUGGAGGUGCGGGACUCGGUGCCUGCCGACUCCGGCCUCUACGCUUGCGUGACCAGCAGCCCCUCGGGCAGCGACACCACCUACUUCUCCGUCAAUGUCUCAGAUGCUCUCCCCUCCUCGGAGGAUGACGACGAUGAUGAUGACUCCUCUUCAGAGGAGAAAGAGACAGAUAACACCAAACCAAACCGUAUGCCCGUGGCUCCAUACUGGACAUCCCCAGAAAAGAUGGAAAAGAAAUUGCACGCGGUGCCAGCUGCCAAGACUGUGAAGUUCAAAUGUCCUUCUAGUGGGACUCCUAACCCCACGCUGCGCUGGUUGAAAAAUGGCAAAGAAUUCAAACCUGACCACAGGAUUGGAGGCUAUAAGGUCCGUUACGCCACCUGGAGCAUCAUAAUGGACUCCGUAGUGCCUUCUGAUAAGGGCAACUACACCUGCAUUGUGGAGAAUGAGUAUGGCAGCAUUAACCACACCUACCAGCUCGACGUCGUGGAGCGGUCCCCUCAUCGGCCCAUCCUGCAGGCGGGGUUGCCUGCCAACAAGACAGUGGCCCUGGGCAGCAAUGUGGAGUUCAUGUGUAAGGUGUACAGUGACCCACAGCCCCAUAUCCAGUGGCUAAAGCACAUCGAGGUGAAUGGGAGUAAGAUUGGUCCAGACAACCUGCCUUAUGUCCAGAUCUUGAAGACUGCCGGAGUUAACACCACCGACAAAGAGAUGGAAGUGCUUCACUUAAGGAAUGUCUCCUUUGAGGACGCGGGGGAGUAUACGUGCUUGGCGGGUAACUCUAUCGGACUGUCCCAUCACUCUGCAUGGUUGACCGUUUUGGAAGCCCUGGAAGAGAGGCCGGCGGUGAUGACCUCGCCCCUGUACCUGGAGAUCAUCAUCUACUGCACGGGGGCCUUCCUCAUCUCCUGCAUGGUGGGGUCUGUCAUCAUCUACAAAAUGAAGAGUGGCACCAAGAAAAGCGACUUCCACAGCCAGAUGGCCGUGCAUAAGCUGGCCAAGAGCAUCCCUCUGCGCAGACAGGUGUCGGCUGAUUCUAGUGCCUCCAUGAACUCUGGGGUUCUGCUGGUUCGGCCCUCACGUCUCUCCUCUAGCGGAACCCCCAUGCUGGCUGGGGUCUCUGAAUAUGAGCUUCCUGAAGAUCCACGCUGGGAGCUGCCUCGAGACAGGCUGGUUUUAGGCAAACCCCUGGGAGAGGGCUGCUUUGGGCAGGUGGUGUUGGCAGAGGCCAUCGGGCUGGACAAGGACAAACCCAACCGUGUGACCAAAGUGGCUGUGAAGAUGUUGAAGUCGGACGCAACAGAGAAAGACCUGUCAGACCUGAUCUCAGAAAUGGAGAUGAUGAAGAUGAUCGGGAAGCACAAGAACAUCAUCAACCUGCUGGGGGCCUGCACGCAGGAUGGUCCUUUGUACGUCAUCGUGGAGUAUGCCUCCAAAGGCAACCUACGGGAAUACCUGCAGGCCCGGCGGCCCCCAGGGCUGGAGUACUGUUAUAACCCCAGCCACAACCCAGAGGAGCAGCUCUCUUCCAAGGACCUGGUCUCCUGUGCCUAUCAGGUGGCCCGAGGCAUGGAGUAUCUCGCCUCCAAGAAGUGCAUACACCGAGACCUGGCCGCCAGGAACGUCCUGGUGACAGAGGACAACGUGAUGAAGAUCGCAGACUUCGGGCUCGCUCGGGACAUCCACCACAUCGACUACUAUAAAAAGACAACCAAUGGCCGUCUGCCUGUGAAGUGGAUGGCGCCCGAGGCCUUGUUUGACCGGAUCUACACCCACCAGAGUGACGUCUGGUCUUUUGGGGUGCUCCUGUGGGAAAUCUUCACUCUGGGAGGCUCCCCGUAUCCUGGCGUGCCUGUGGAGGAGCUUUUCAAGCUGCUGAAGGAGGGUCAUCGAAUGGACAAGCCCAGUAACUGCACCAAUGAGCUAUACAUGAUGAUGCGGGAUUGCUGGCAUGCAGUACCCUCUCAGAGACCUACCUUCAAGCAGCUGGUGGAAGACCUGGACCGCAUUGUGGCCUUGACCUCCAACCAGGAGUAUCUGGACCUGUCAAUGCCCCUGGACCAAUACUCUCCCAGCUUUCCCGACACCCGAAGCUCUACCUGCUCCUCAGGGGAGGAUUCCGUCUUCUCUCAUGAGCCGUUGCCUGAGGAGCCCUGUCUGCCCCGACACCCAGCCCAGCUUGCCAAUGGCGGACUCAAACGGCGCUGA